AUGUCUGGCAUUCCUGGCGGGCGGGCGGGCUCCCCGGACCAGCCCAGCGACACUGUGCCAGGAGCGCGGUCCCAUCCCGCGGGAAGGACGGGGCCAGGGAGGAGUCGAGCCUGCGGAGGACAAGGGCACAGGGAUAGGAGCAGGCACCGACGGAAACCCUGCAGCGCCGGGGAGGCGCCGCGACGGCUGCGGAGGGACCGCGCUGCCCGGGCGUCGGAGCCCGCGUCCCCUCGUGAGAAGGACGCACGGCAGGUGCAGAGCUCGCCUUGCGCGGCGGGGUCCGCGCUACCCGCCCGGUCUACGGUCACCACCCGCCCCCGGUGCGCCCCUCGGCGACGACUCCGAGUCCAGACCGCGGCUGCAACGAGCGCCGCAGCCCCUCACUCACCGCGGGGCUCCAUCCCGCGUCCCGGACUCUCACCGCCGCCGCCGCCGCCGCCGCUGCGGCCUGGAGCUCGCCACCCCCAUCCCCCACGCCGGGCCCGCGGACGCCCGGCCGAGCUGCCGCCGCCGCCCCAGCUGCUGCAGCCAGGACCGCGCCGGCCGCGGACGCCCCUGGUCCCGCCUCCCGCCCCCCUGGAGCCCAGCCAUUGGCCCGCGCUCGCGGGGGCGGGGCCGGCACCCGCAGCAGGGGUGGGGAGAUCUCUCGCGCUGGGCACAGGCCCCACCCCCGUCACGCCCUCCGGAACCCAGCCAUUGGCCCGCGCUCGCGGGGGCGGGGCCGGCGCCCCCUGGAGCCCAGCCAUUGGCCCGCGCUCGCGGGGGGGGGGCCGGCGCGCAGCUCGCGGGCGCAGGGCCGGCGGUCCGGGGGACCCUAGUGUCGCGGGAAGUGCGGGGUCCGCCGGGCAUAGGGAAGGGCGCGUUCUCAAACCCCUCGGAAAGAAAGGGGCCGAGAGGGAGGUCCGGUGUCGGCGGGAGCGCGGGGACGGUGGCGUGCGGCUGCGCUCGGGGCUGGGCCAGACACGGCGGGCGCCGGGAACGGGCGGGGAACGGGGCGGGGGACGGGGCUUGUCAGUUCCCGUUCUGCCCCGGGGCCACAGUGCGGAAAGGUGCCCAGGACGCAGGGGCAGCACGCGGGGGAGUGACACGGGGACACUUUUACCCCCACGGGUCCCCGCGCACCCUGGGCCAAGUGACAAGGGAGGCCCCACCCCCCCCAACCCGGGGGAGGGUCUAAGACCCCGAAUUCCGCCGGGAGGCCACGAGUACGGGGCGCAGGGACUGCCGGGGUCUGUCCGCACGGUCCCACCCCCGAGCGCCGCAGCCCCUCACUCACCGCGGGGCUCCAUCCCGCGUCCCGGACACUCACCGCCGCCGUCGCCGCCGCCGCUGCGGCCUGGAGCUCGCCACCCCCAUCCCCCACUCCCGGCCCGCGGACGCCCGGCCGAGCUGCCGCCGCCGCCCCAGCUGCUGCAGCCAGGACCGCGCCGGCCGCGGACGCCCCUGGUCCCGCCUCCCGCCCCCCUGGAGCCCAGCCAUUGGCCCGCGCUCGCGGGGGCGGGGCCGGCACCCGCAGCAGGGGUGGGGCAAUCUCUCGCGCUGGGCACAGGCCCCACCCCCGUCACGCCCUCUGGAACCCAGCCAUAG